AUGCCCGCAUGCCUCCUCCAUGUGACCAGUUCUGAUCUGGUGCCGUUCCAGGGGCCAGUGUCAUUCAGGGAUGUGGCCGUGGACUUCACCCAGGAGGAGUGGCAGCAGCUGGAGCCCGAUGAGAAGACCACGUACCGGGAUGUGAUGCUGGAGAACUACAGCCAUCUCGUUUCUGUGGGGUAUGACAGCACCAAACCGAAAGUGAUCCUCAAGUUGGAGCAGGGAGAGGAGCCAUGGAUAGCUGAAGGUGAUCUGCCGUGUCAGAGUCAUCCCGAAAUAGUCUGGAAAGUUGAUGACUGGAUAGAGAGAAUCCCAGGAAAAGAAGAUGAACAUUCAAGGCAAGCUAUUUCUAUCAACAGCAAAACCCCGAUUGAAGAGAGAGAGAAUGCAUUUGAUAAAACAUGUAAUGUGGAAACAAGCCUUGUUCCUUCAAACAUAACAUCUCAUACUUGUGUCUCAUGUGGAAAGAAUUUAGAGUCUACUUCAGAAUUAAUUAUUAGUGAUGGAAGCUAUGCAAGAAGGAAACCUGAUGAGUGUAGUGAAUGCGGGAAGAUGUACCACAGAGGGAAACCCUAUGAAUGUAAGCAAAAUGGGGAAGGCUAUUCUCAAAAUGAAGAGAGUAUUCUUCAGAAAAUUAAUAUUUUGGAGAAACCCUUUGAAUAUAAUGAAUGCAUGGAAGCCUUAGACAAUGAAGCUGUUUUCCUUGCUCAUAAGAGAGCUUAUAUGGGGGAAAAGCCCUACGAGUGGAAUGACUCUGGGUCCGACUUCAUCCAGAUGUCAAAUUUUAACGUAUACCAGAGGUCACAGAUGGAAUUGAAGCCCUUUGAAUGCAGCGAAUGUGGAAAAUCCUUCUGUAAAAAGUCAAAGUUAAUCAUACAUCAGAGGGCCCACACGGGAGAGAAACCUUAUGAAUGUAAUGUGUGUGGGAAAUCCUUCAGCCAAAAGGGGACCCUCACCGUCCAUCGGAGAUCACACUUAGAGGAGAAGCCCUAUAAAUGUACUGAGUGUGGGAAAACUUUCUGUCAGAAGUUACAUCUCACCCAACACCUGAGAACUCAUUCAGGUGAGAAGCCCUAUGAAUGUAAUGAGUGUGGCAAAACCUUCUGCCAAAAGACCCAUCUCACCCUACACCAGAGGAAUCAUUCAGGAGAGAGACCCUAUCCCUGUAACGAAUGUGGGAAAUCCUUCUCCCGCAAGUCUGCCCUCAGUGACCACCAGAGAACGCAUACAGGAGAGAAACUUUACAAAUGUAAUGAAUGUGGGAAAUCCUACUACCGAAAAUCUACCCUUAUUACACAUCAGAGGACCCACACGGGAGAGAAACCCUAUCAGUGCAAGAAACCCUAUGGAUGUAGUGAAUGUGGGAAAACCUUCUCCCAUAACUCAUCCCUCUUUAGACAUCAAAGAGUGCAUACAGGAGAGAAGCCCUAUGAGUGUUACGAAUGCGGGAAGUUCUUCUCUCAGAAGUCCUAUCUCACCAUCCAUCACCGGAUCCAUUCGGGAGAGAAGCCCUAUGAAUGUAGUAAAUGUGGGAAAGUCUUCUCUCGGAUGUCAAACCUCACUGUACACUAUAGAAGCCAUUCAGGAGAGAAGCCCUACGAAUGUAAUGAAUGUGGAAAAGUCUUUUCUCAGAAGUCAUACCUCACAGUACACUAUAGGACUCAUUCAGGAGAGAAACCCUACGAAUGUAACGAGUGUGGGAAAAAAUUCCACCACAGAUCAGCCUUCAAUAGCCAUCAGAGAAUUCACAGGAGAGGGAAUGUGAGUGUACUGGAUGUGGAGACUCUCCUGUAAAGUCAAAACGCUCUGAGUAUGACAGAAUCUAAUAGGGAGACAGACGUCACUGAGAGCUCGUGUUUCUGAAUGGGGAAAACCAUUUAGGCAUUAGAUUCAUCUCUACCUGAUUUCUCACAGAGAAGGAUCCCUAGGAAUGCAAGAAGCAGCAAAGCCUUCAGCAAGAUCCUGCAACCCAUUGGGCACGAGAUAAUUUAUACAGGAGUGAAACUUGAUGAAUAUUUAAUAUUUAUUUUGGAAUUCAAAUUGUAUUUACAUAUCAGGGAAUCAUACCAAGACGAGAUCUGUCAGAGUGAUGAAUGUGGGAAAACAUGUUGUCUUGGAAAUUGUUAUACUAAAAGCCAUAUUUCUGAUGUAAAUUCCAAUGUUUAUAGGAAAGCUAUCAGAAGCUAUCAGCUCUGAAUAAACCAUUGUAUAAAAUGAAGUUUUGGAAUCAGGAGUUUAUAAUGAGGACGGAAACAUUAAACAUAUAUGGCAGUUUCU